UUCCGUAGCGCACUGCUCGACUCAGAGGUCAAACUUUCGUCACGUUUUAGUCUUGUACAGCUAUUUGGACUACAAUCGCGUCAGUAAUCCUUAGAGAAAUUAAUAAUUUAAUUUUAAACUGUUGAUUUUCUUCAAUUGAUUUUCAGGGUGAAUAAACCUUUUUUUAAAUACUUUGAAUCUGCGGCUCCGUUUCUCCACAUGUCCUUCAGUCCGCCGGAAGAAGGAUCUCCACAUCGAACACCGACCUCAGGUCAGAUUAAAACAUCAUCUUCUGGUUAUAAUUUAGUUUUAAACCCACAGUGUGUGUCUGCAGCCCGCGGCUCGGGAGUCUGAGGGACGACAUCUGCGACAACACCCGGUAAAAUCACGGGAGCGCGAAGCUAACCCGGCUAGCUGUUAGCUUACCGCUCCACCGGCUACAGAGGAGAGACUCUGGUUCUGAAUCAUGGCGGUCCAGGUGUCCGAGUCCGACCAGAUCAAACAGUUUAAGGAGUUUCUGGGGACGUACAACAAGGUGACGGAGAACUGCUUCAUGGACUGUGUCAAAGACUUCACCAGCAGAGAAGUGAAGCCAGAGGAGUCCAGCUGCUCCGAGUCCUGUCUGCAGAAGUAUCUGAAGAUGACUCAGCGGAUCUCCAUGAGGUUUCAGGAGUACCACAUCCAGCAGAACGAGGCUCUAGCUGCUAAAGCCGGACUGCUGGGACAACCUCGCUGAACCAGGACUGAACCAGGACUGAACCUGGACCGGAGACAUGACCCCGGCAGGCUGAGGAGAUCCAGACCGAUCCGGAUCCAGCAGGUCCAGUCUCUCCAUGCUGGAUGAAUAAAGACUCUGAACUGCAGCCGAGUUUCUGCUGCUCUGUGUCAAAGCAUCAUGGGAGAUGUAGUGUAAACAUAUUUCUUUUGUGUCUAAAAACUGUGGAAUUGUCCUUUAAUGUGGAGAUUUGUUUAUGUUGAUGUUGAAAUAAUUUUUUAUUAAACAUCAUGAACCUCA